AUGAAGAAAAAAUGGUGGCAAACUGAUCGAGCAAACAGAUUUGAAUAUCUGUUGAAGCAGACAGAAUUGUUUGCACAUUUCAUUCAGCCUGCUGCUCAGAAAACUCCAACUUCACCCUUAAAAAUGAAACCAGGACGACCAAGAAUAAAAAAAGAUGAAAAACAAAACCUGUUAUCUGUUGGCGACUAUCGGCAUCGUAGAACUGAACAGGAAGAAGAUGAGGAGCUUUUAACAGAAAGUUCCAAGACUACUAAUGUAUGCACUCGAUUUGAAGACUCUCCAUCCUAUGUGAAAUGGGGUAAAUUGCGCGAUUAUCAAGUCAGAGGAUUGAACUGGCUCAUUUCUUUGUAUGAAAAUGGCAUCAAUGGUAUUUUAGCAGAUGAAAUGGGUCUUGGAAAGACAUUGCAAACAAUUUCUCUUCUUGGGUACAUGAAACAUUACAGGAACAUUCCAGGUCCUCAUAUGGUAUUGGUUCCCAAAUCAACUUUGCAUAAUUGGAUGAAUGAGUUCAAGAGAUGGGUGCCAACUCUUCGAGCAGUAUGUCUGAUAGGUGACAAAGACCAGCGAGCUGCUUUCGUGAGAGAUGUUUUGUUGCCAGGUGAAUGGGAUGUCUGUGUAACAUCAUAUGAAAUGCUCAUUAAAGAGAAAUCAGUAUUCAAAAAAUUUAACUGGAGAUACCUAGUUAUUGAUGAAGCCCACAGGAUUAAAAAUGAAAAAUCGAAGUUGUCAGAAAUUGUGAGGGAAUUCAAGACUACAAAUAGGUUAUUGCUAACUGGAACACCAUUACAGAAUAACUUACACGAACUCUGGGCACUUCUUAACUUUUUAUUGCCAGAUGUCUUUAAUUCAGCUGAGGAUUUUGAUUCAUGGUUCGAUACAAACAACUGUCUUGGAGAUCAAAAAUUAGUAGAACGGCUUCAUAUGGUACUACGGCCAUUUUUGUUACGUCGUAUAAAAGCUGAAGUAGAGAAAAGUUUGCCUCCAAAAAAAGAAGUUAAAAUAUAUGUUGGUCUCAGCAAAAUGCAAAGGGAAUUGUACACAAGAAUCUUAAUGAAGGAUAUAGAUAUAUUGAACUCUGCUGGAAAACUGGAUAAAAUGAGACUAUUAAACAUUCUUAUGCAAUUACGAAAAUGUUGCAAUCAUCCGUACCUUUUUGAUGGAGCAGAACCCGGUCCACCUUAUACAACAGAUAUGCAUUUGGUUACCAAUAGUGGCAAAAUGGUUGUUUUGAAUAAAUUGUUGCCAAAAUUGAAAGAGCAGGGAUCACGAGUCCUAGUUUUCAGCCAGAUGACAAGAGUAUUAGAUAUAUUAGAAGAUUACUGCAUGUGGCGAAAUUAUGAGUAUUGCAGACUUGAUGGGCAGACAUCUCAUGAUGAAAGACAAGCUUCCAUUAAUGCAUACAACGAACCUGACAGUUCAAAGUUUCUCUUUAUGCUGAGCACACGGGCUGGUGGUUUGGGAAUCAAUCUAGCUACAGCUGAUGUUGUAAUUAUAUAUGAUUCUGACUGGAAUCCACAAGUAGACCUUCAGGCUAUGGAUCGUGCACAUAGAAUUGGUCAGACAAAGACUGUUAGAGUAUUCAGAUUUAUUACAGACAACACUGUAGAAGAAAGAAUAGUAGAAAGAGCAGAAAUGAAACUUCGCUUAGAUUCCAUAGUUAUUCAACAAGGUAGACUAGUAGAUCAGAAUCUGAAUAAAUUGGGAAAAGAUGAAAUGUUGCAGAUGAUUCGACAUGGAGCUACCCAUGUCUUUGCUUCAAAAGACAGUGAAAUUACAGAUGAAGACAUUGACGGUAUUUUGGAAAGAGGUGCAAAGAAAACUGCAGAAAUGAAUGAAAAACUAUCCAAAAUGGGUGAAAGUUCACUCAGAAACUUCACAGUGGAUACAGAGUCUAGUGUGUAUAAUUUUGAAGGAGAAGAUUAUAGAGAGAAACAAAAGAUGGCAUUCACAGAGUGGAUCGAGCCACCUAAACGUGAAAGAAAAGCCAACUAUGCUGUUGAUGCUUAUUUUAGGGAAGCUCUUCGUGUCAGUGAACCAAAAGCACCAAAGGCCCCGCGACCUCCAAAACAACCUAAUGUUCAGGAUUUCCAAUUCUUUCCUCCACGUUUGUUUGAAUUGUUGGAAAAAGAAAUUCUUUAUUAUAGAAAAACUAUUGGAUAUAAGGUACCUCGUAAUCCUGACUUGCCAAAUGCAGCUCAGACACAAAAGGAAGAACAAAUUAAAAUUGAUGAAGCUGAACCGCUUAAUGAAGAAGAACUAGAUGAAAAGGAAAAGCUACUUACUCAGGGAUUUACAAACUGGAAUAAAAGAGAUUUCAAUCAAUUCAUUAAAGCUAAUGAAAAAUGGGGUCGUGAUGACAUUGAAAAUAUAGCUCGAGAAGUAGAAGGAAAAACUCCAGAGGAAGUCAUUGAAUAUUCUGCUGUUUUCUGGGAACGAUGUAAUGAGCUUCAGGACAUAGAAAAGAUCAUGGCACAAAUUGAAAGAGGUGAAGCUCGAAUUCAGAGGAGAAUUAGUAUUAAAAAAGCACUUGACACAAAGAUUGGCAGAUACAAAGCACCUUUUCACCAACUGAGAAUAUCGUAUGGUACUAACAAAGGGAAAAAUUACACAGAAGAGGAAGAUCGCUUUUUGAUCUGUAUGCUUCAUAAGCUUGGAUUUGAUAAAGAAAAUGUUUACGAUGAAUUGAGACAGUGUAUUCGAAACUCUCCCCAGUUCAGAUUUGACUGGUUCCUCAAGUCUAGAACUGCAAUGGAAUUACAACGAAGGUGUAAUACCUUAAUCACAUUGAUUGAAAGAGAAAAUAUGGAAUUAGAAGAAAAAGAGAAAGCAGAAAAGAAAAAACGUGGACCUAAACCUCUGACACAGAAGCGUAAAUUGGAUGGUACUCCUGAUGGAAGAGGAAGAAAAAAGAAACUAAAGCUGUGAAUAUUUGAUUUCUUGUAAUCACUAAAUUUAGUUCUUUAAUUUUACGGGUCUUCAUAAGAUGUACUUUACAAUUCUCAACUAUUAUGUCAUUAAAGGACAUUGGGUUCAUGUGUUUACUUGCUGAACUAGAAGAAGAGUAACGUAGUUUCACGUUUUUAAAUAA